CUGAGAACCAGCGAGAGAACGGAUACAUGAUGACACGAGAUGAGAUAGAUCUGCAGCAGGGAUGCUUUCAGUCACCGUCGUGUGUGCAGGCUGUGAUGCUGGAGGCUCACGGGACCGACGAAACGCAACGGAAGCGGGGGAAUCAGCGAGCCGAGGACGACGAUCGAAUGUAUGCCUUUCACACUUCUUUCUGGCUGUGUGGCCGCAGAUCUGGACCUACGGUGCUUCAGCAGCCACUAACAAAUCUUCUUGUCAAGCUUCGUGAAGAAAAGCGGUUGACGACUGAUGACGGACUCAUCUGCUGAUGGCGGGUUGCGGCAAUGAGGGAGAUGGUGACGUCCGGAUGCCGGCGGCCGUCAAGGAGAGGCUCGCCAUCUCUCACUACUUCGAGAUCGAGAACAUUGGUCAUCAGGCGGACAGCCGGGUCAUCCAGUCGCUCUUCGGCGGCUGCACAUUGGUGACGGAGCCUCUUAUUCAUCUAGCGGAGCGUCUGCCGGCCGCCAUUGAGCGAUGCCGAGAGGGAGGGGAAGAGGAAAAGGAGAGGGAGGGCGGCCAUGUGUGUGGCUACACUGUGGAUGAGACUAAGGGCCCGGCCUUCAUCCAUCGCACUGCGACGGUCUUCCCUGCGGCUCACAUCGAGGGACCAUGCUAUAUCGGACCAAAUGUAAGUGACCGAGUGCACUGACCAAUAUGCUUAUGCUCAUGUGUGUGUGUUUCUCUGGUGUGCAGGCGACUGUGGGUCAUGCUGCGUACGUCCGGAGCAACACGGCCAUGUGUGAGAACGCCAUCGUCGGCCACUCGAGCGAGUGCAAGCACUCCAUUUUGCUGCCCCACGCACACGCCCCGCACUUCAACUACGUCGGCGACUCGAUCAUCGGCUGGCGUGUCAACCUGGGUGCGGGCACCAAGCUCUCCAACCUGCCCAUGAUGAGCCUCGAGGACAUCAACACACAGCAGCAGCAGCACAAGACACCUGCUGACGUCAGAACCGUCAAGAUCAGGAUCAAGCCAUCGCCGGGAGAGGAUUGCGACUAUGUGUUCGACACGUCGCUGGUGAAGAUGGGGGCCGUGCUGGGCGACGGCGUGCAGACGGGCUGCAAUGUGGUGUGCAACCCGGGUGUGUGUGUGGGGCGGGGGACGCUGGUGUAUGGUGGAGUGUGUCUGCGGGGCGGAUACUAUGCCCCCAGACAGAUUGUCAAGCUGAGACAGGAAAUAGAGAUCAGCCAGAGGUGGUAGGGACCAGUAGAUGUAGCUCAGCAGUGAUUGACUGACAGCGUUGACUGAGCUGUUAGAACUCUUCUACUACCUACUGACUUGCACGAGAACCAUUUAAAUAUUUAUCUGUUCAUCACAUCGACAACCCCACAGCGGAGAAACGAUUUACAGCAUUUGUAAACGGAUUUGAAACCACUUUCGAUGCGGGGCGUUUCAGCCUUCUUCAGCGCCGUCUGGGUGGCCAUUUGCUCGUUGGUAUGGCCCGACCUGAAGCAACUGACCGUCCCUCAACUUGCGAAGCGCCUCUCGAGCCGGUUUUCCUUCGUCAGCCUCAGUGCCCUCCGUGAGCUCAGUCGACGGCUGUGGUCAGAUCUCGGACGCUGGUGUAUGGUGGAGUGUGUCUGCGGGGCGGAUACUAUGGGCCCAGACAGAUUGUCAAGCUGAGGCAGGAAAUAGAGAUCAACCAGAGGUGGUAGCUAGGCACCAGUAGAUGUAGCUCAGCAGUGAUUGACUG